GAUAGGAGAUAUCCUAUUGUGGAUUCGUAACAUACAGAACUGCACACACGGUCACGACUACUCAGAAGUAUUGUUCCAAAUUGUAUAUAAGGAAGUGGUUUCCUUCCAUUCAGUAAACUCCAAGUGUUUCAAAUGAAGAGAUGGCUUUUUGAAAACUUUCAUUUAAAACAAAUUAUUUCACCAGUCUGACAUGUUCACCUCAGACCAUGACUGCUUAAAGCCUAAGGAAGCUACCCUGGUGGAUGUGAUCCUUCUGCUGAUGAUCACAACACUGGAGAUGAGUAGAUUCCAAUUUGGAGACAUCAUUUCUUAUAAAACGAGGUGUAAAGUUGGAAUUCGGUACAAACACUUCGCCGUCUACGUUGGAGAUGUAAAUAUUUGUGGGAAAAACGCCGGGGAGGAAAUCUAUGAACAAGCAAAGAAAUAUCAUGGUAAAUCGUGCAGAUUUUCUAAACUACUUAUGCACGAGGAGCCAGAAGUGAACAAUUACCUGGAUGACUAUACAGACCCCCUAACAGGAGAGACUUACGGUAAAGGAGAUGAUAAGGAAAUAAUUAAACGCAUCAUUGAGACGUAUCAGAACUGCAGGAUUUAUGGCAUCCUUCAUAACAACUGUGAGCACAUUGCCACCUACGUCCGCUAUGGAGUGAGGGUAGCAGUGCAGUUCAACAUGACUGGUGAGGGUCUCAUGUUAGGCAGCGAUAAAUUUGACAAGAAGCAUUUACGGGAGUACCUGAGGAACAAAUCCAAAUGCCCCUCGCAUCACAACUGAGAGGAUUCUUCUGAUUACGCUCCAUUUUAACAGACUUUCAAAGAUGUCGACCCGGACACUUCGCACUGGAAGGAAACUCUUGAAAAGCAACAGCAUUGAAGAAAACCAAGUCUUCAUUUGGUCACAAGUUUCAGACUCAUAAAUGAAAAGGACAGUAAUAGUUAUUACUUUAAUGAUUACCUUCAAGCUUUGGGACAAGUUAUACACAAACAUUUAAAAUAAAACAAUAUUUAAAGUUUUACUUAUUAAGAGAUCCAAGAGGGGAAAAAUAGGUGUUUCUGUGAUUUUUACAAAAGGAUUGGAGGGAUGGAAAUCGUUGAAGUUAAAAUAAAGAGCUACAAUAGCACUACUGUCAAUAAAGCA